CGGGUGCAAAUACCCUUAUUUUUUACGAUAGAUUACACACACCCCCGCGCGCAUUCGAGACGUCGAUACACUUUUCACGUUCGCCGAUGGAUGGAUCCUGGAGGUUCGGUCUAUGAUACAACCCGUACUGAUAUCAAGGAUUUUUAUUUGGCUCUCGCUGGUCUUUUAUUGCAGGGUGUGGCUUUGGGGGUGGUUAUGUCUUUUUUCUGCUUUUUGGCUUGGACGAUAUCCCACGAAUGAUUGCAUAUGGAGGUGGAGAAGAGAAUCAGCUAGAUUGGCGAGAGGAGUGAGGAGUGGUUUCUGCUUCACUGUUGUGCAUCUUGGGUCUUGGUUUCUGUUCUUGCUGGCUGGCUCGAUUAUGAAGAUGAGGUUGCAGAGCGAAGUGAUGGCGAAUGGUUGGCUUUUUUGCAAUGGAUGCGACAGCAGCGGGCUGGGAUCGUCCUUUUAAUAGAGAUGCCUUAAGAGAUACCUUUUUUCUUUGAGUGUUAUUGUCCGCACAACCAUAAAAUGCUC